GAUAAUUGCCGUGGUGAUGGUGGUUGCCCCAGCAACGGCGGUUGGCAUGGUGACGACGAUGGUCGCCAUAGUAAUAAUGGUCGCCAUGAAGAUCCCGCUUCUGCGCGGCCACGUGAUGCGGCGGGGCUGAGUCACGUGACACGAAUGCCGACAUGGCGGAGGUCCGUGAUGGCCUCGUCUCAGAGUACCUGAGCGCGCCACUGCUGCGGGAGCGUGGGGACCGCCUCCUCUUCGACCACCUCUACCGCCUCGCCGCCGCCUACUUCGAGCUCGGAGACUACGAGCGCCUCUCCGGCGUCUACCGCGCGGCCAGCGGCGCCCUGCAGUUCCUGCGGGAGGAGCAGCCGAGGCAGGUGCAGUGGAAGUUGAUACAGCUCAUGGAGAUGGUGAUGCGGGGACAAUUCUUUGACCCCGUCCGCGAAGGCAACCAGAUGCUGCUGGAAGGGGCCGUGGAGAUGGUGGACAUGCUGGGCAGGGAGUGUCAGUUGGAGCCCGAGGUCACGCAGGAGGUCACGAGAAUACUCAGGCUCAAGCUCCUGACGGAGGCGCGCGUGCAGGUGCAGCGAAACGAACAGCUCCAGACCGACCUCGUGGACCCUUGGUACUCGCUCGACUUGAAGCCGCAUAUCUUACGAUUCAUCGACUCCGUCCCCCAGAGCAGUCAGGCGUCCUCCUAUGUUCAGCUCCUGAAAGAAAGCCUGCCUCAAGAGACACCUCCAGCUAACAAAACAAAUGGCGGUAAAUUCCUACACAAGGACCACAUCAAGGAGGCCUUCCUGUCCAUCGCCGACUGCCGAGAGGACGCGUUCAAUACCUUCGAGGUCCUGCUGCUCACCGACGUUCCACCUCUGAGCCUCAAACUCGCCCUGCCGGCCAUGGGCGCUGCCGAAAGCUCGCCAGGGUCCGAGCGCCGGGAGGACUCCUCUGUGCCCGAGGGCGCCGCGGCCAAUAAUUCGGUGGCGCCGGCACGGGUCAUCUCUGUGCCGCAGAAACAGUUGUCCCCGGCUAAGAGACUCAUGGGGCCCGAGACUCCUCGACAUGUUCCUGAGGACAGCCGGGAGGAGAAGGAAAAGGUGGUGGCUCCACUACAGGCGACACCACCAUCGCCACCACGGCCACCACCACUAUCCCCUCUCCUUUUGAGCGACUCGGAGGAGCUGCUGCCGAUGCGGAUUGUCCAGAGCAAGCGGAGCGACCAGAGCACAGCUGAGGCGGCGUGCGAUGAUGCCCACCAGAUGAGCACCACCGACUUCAUCCCCUCCACUUACGAGGAGAUACCGCCCACUGCCCCGGCCAAGGAUGUCGCGGGUCCCGGCUCAACUCCACCGAUUUUGGCGAUCAUCGGAAGGAAGAGGACGAGGAGCGACAGCCCCAGGGUUGUGGAGGAGGCGGCCGCCACCCCGCGGCUCGUGGAGGAUGGCGAAGUUGCGGGGCCCAGCAAACCCAGGGCAGCCACGAUCUCGCCAGCGAAGGCGACCUGCGGAAAAUGGGACAAAGGUCACGGGCACCCGACGCGCAACCACGUUGAGCGGAACGGCAGGUUUCCUGGCGACGGCUUCAGCUCAGCGGAGAUACGGCGGCUGUCCCCCUUGAUGAUAAAGGACGAGUGGUCGGAUGAGGAGGACUUAUUUGGGCCGAGCAAGGUGGCAGGAAGACAAUCCAAAUUUGGCUCGUCGGCAAGGAAGAAGAAGAUGUGGACAGAGACGGAGACACAGUGUCUGAAAGAGGGUGUCGCAAGGUUCGGCGUGGGAAACUGGAGCAAGAUCAAGCGGCACUACUCCCUGAGCCGCACCGCCGUGCAGCUCAAGGACCGCUGGAGGAACAUCUCCAAGUAGGGGGGCAGCACUGGGCAAGUGGGCAGCACAAAGUUCCUACAAACAUAGGUUGGAGGGCAUUUGGGCUUAAAAACUAAACUAUAAAACUGUUUUUUAUUUGACCAGGUAAGGGGUGUACUGAGCUAUUUAGCUCUUUUUCAAAAGCGUCCUGGCUAUCACAAAUGGUAGCUCAUCGAAGUGGCUUAUCAUGUGGAAAAUUAGAGCACCCAAGUACUCUAAACGCGUGAUGUUGAUUCUAAAUGUGGAGUGGAAAACCGGAGGACCCGGAGAAAAAUCCACGCGACCAUGAGGAGAGAGACACGCAAACUCCAAACAAUCAGGCGUCAGGGUGGGGAUCGGACCCACGGCCUCCUGCAUACCAGCCGAGGAAGUUAACAUCUCGCUACUGUGGCUUAGGUGGGGAGGGGGAGCCACGUGGGCCACGGCGUCUGGGCUGGGAAGAUCACGCCGGGCAUCGGCGGGCGACGUAGCAUCUCCGGGCGAAAGCGUGCGCCGUCGCGAGGAGCGGCCGUGAGGGAACGCGCAGAGGGCCCGACGGUUCGCAGCGCGGCCCCCGCGGCUCGUCGGUGCAGGAAAACCCCUCGACGCAAUGCGACGGGCAACCAACAAAGUCUCCUAUGGCUGCCGUGGACAGGGGGACAGUCCGAGAGACGAUCGUCGUCACUGCUGAAAAGUGUUUUUGAUAUGGGAACGGCUGGCACCCACGUGUCCAUUGGCGUGCAUUCCUCUCCCUGGCACUUCCUGCCACAAUGCAGCACUCUGCUGGGAGCAGUGAGGGGGGGGGUCUCAGGACAGCUACCCGCGCUGGAGUGCGCAGGACACCGCCGCCCCCACCUCCCUCCAUAUUGGCGGGGAGAGCGCCCACUUGUCUUCUCUGUGCCCAGCCGCGGGCAUGGAAUUCACAGCGCCACCUUCCGACCCUCUGGAGUUUGUUUUUUGACAAUCAGGAAUGGAUGCCGUGGGUCCCUGGCGCUUCACUUGGGAGAGAAUGAGCGUGCGAGACGAUGGCAUUCAACGUUGGUUGGUAAAUUAAGUUGUCGGUCUAGUUUGUGUCGUGACGUCGCCGUCGCUACUGCGAGGCAGUCCGUGUUGCAUUGCAGUGGCGUCUGGUGUGUGUAGUGUCUGUGGUGUAUGUGGUGUGUGUGUGGUGUGUGUGUGUGGUGUGUGGCCAGGUAAACACGCACGGGGUGACGUGAAGACGCUGCCACGAAAGACACUCGCACAAUUUCAUUACAAUGGGUUUUGUCAAAAGACACACGGUCGACCCUUGGGGGUUGGGAAUCAUAACUCCCCUUACCCGCCCCCCCGGACCCUCCCCUUCUUCCCUGGAUGUUGUGGUUUUACAUUCGAGAUCUUGGUUUCCUUAGGCCCUAAUUUUUGAAUGUUUGUCUUUUUCUUCAAAUAAAUCUUGGCUGUUCUGUCAGUUUGUUCUGCUGGCGUCACGUGCUGAGAUGAAGGAUUCACUUGGAUGUCUUCGCAGAGCAGUGCUAAGAGAAUGUAACCUGCGGAAGUGGAUAUCAUCGAGCUACAGCUGAGAUCCAUUCAAGUGACCUGCUCUGAAUUAGUCCAGGCCUGAAGAGUCCUCUUCCUUUCUGAGGGUCCGAUUCGGACUCUCAAAUGGCAUACAAAGUCAGAGUGAUCUCCUGCUGCUGAAAUGAACAUGGAGGCAUUAGUGCUCAUCUUCUGUUUAUACCACUGAGCUUGUGGAAAUUCCACGUUCAUAUGGCGGGGCGAGUAUAUCCAGAGGAUAACGGCUGUUGACUUCCCAAAAUAUUGGAACUUAUUUUAUCUGACCCACCCCCACCAUCCAGGAUUUGAACUCGCAACCUUCGUAUUGCGAGCUGCUCACUCUGCUGAUGAGCCACCUGAUGGGCAAAGAUAGAGAUCCCCCGUGUAGCCUUACCAGACUGUUGGUGCUGUUAGCGAGUCACACCUAUGAAAAUCGGCACGGCGCACGAGGAGUUGGGUGGUGAUGUUUUCUGCACACUGCUCACAUUUCCGCACGCGUCGGGCACAGGAGGAACGUCGUACGUGCAGAGUCGGGGUCGCCGUGAUGUCAUGUUCCACGAUAUGCUAUUAAACGUGACGAUACGACUUAUGA